ACGUUCCCAUAAUAGAUCUCCAAUCUAGUUUGAACCACUAUAAAAACGAGAAAUAAAUAAUUUGAUAAUAAAUUAUUGAUAUAAUUUAUAUGUAAAUAUUCAAAAGUAAAGAAUUAGUAAUUUAACCUGUGCAGUGGCAAGUGUGGAUAUAACGUAAGACGUUCGUUGAGAAAUGUGAAUUAGACUGGAACGGACACGCAACAACAACAAAAAUAAAAUUCGUUUGUUUUUACAUUGAAAAGCAAAAAUGAAGAUAAAUGAGAAGAAUUUGUGUGCCUUUGCUUCAUCUGCUACCCCUGUGGACCGGGAAGGUUGGCUGGACAUGAGAGGCGAAGUGGGAAAGAGUUACCAGAGAAGAUGGUUUACUCUCAAGGGAAAUCUUCUUUUCUACCUCGAUAAAAAAGGCGAUAAGGAGCCUGUUGGUGUAAUAAUACUGGAGGGAUGCACAAUAGAACUAACUGAAGAAGAAUCCUACAGUUUCAAGAUAGUGUUCCACUGCGAGGGUGGGCGUACAUACUACCUGUGUACCAACUCUCAGGCGUCAAUGGAGGCUUGGAUGAAGGCUCUGGCUUGUGCCAGCUAUGACUACAUGAAGUUGAUGGUUGCUGAACUUCAGAGGCAGUUGGAGGAGGCUGAAGCUGAAGAGGCAGCUGAUGCUGCGGGCAUAGUGGCCUUGAGUCCAUCUGAGGAUGAGCCAAAGGUGCCGCCGCGCGGACAGCGCCACAACCCCUUCAACAAGCCGCCGGAGGGUGAAGGCAAAGCUGUGCCUGGGAGCAGACAUCAUAAAGAUAGUGUGAAAUCAGAAAUUCCACGCAAAAAGGUGCCAUUCAGGGACAUACACAAGACCUACGGCCGCAAGAUUCUCACCGACCGCAGCGAGUGGCGCGCGAGGCUUAAACUACGUGAAGAAGCACACGAGAAGCCACUAAUACAGCUCUGAGCUGACAGGUCACAGGAUCACACCUGGCCGUUAGUCGACUCUCGGAUUAGUUGGCGAAUGUACAGUAUCGUAUAUUUAAAGAACUAUGUAUGGUGCGAACACUUGUGACCUGUUCGGCUAAUUUAGAUAGUGCGUACUGUGCUUUAGUGAAUAACAUGCUGUGUACGCUGAAGAGUGUACAUUUUUGCCUAUUAAGUUAAGAGAAGAUGGCUUUGGAGUAGACUGUUAGUUUUAAACGUUUUAAAAUAUCAGCCGCAUUAAUCUAUGUGAUCUAGAAUAUAUUCAGACAAUAUUCAAAAUUUGUUCUGUUUAUAACUAUAUUAUAGAAAAAUGAUAUGCAGUUUCAAAACAGCCGAUAGAUUUAAGCAUAUGUUUAAAUACUUUUUCGUAUGGCCGGAACAAUGAUUGUUACGCCGCACCGCCGCUUGCCAUAGCUGUAGGGUGUUUCUUGUUGCAUCAAAUUCAUAUAUUAUUUUAAAUAGUACAUCUAUACAUAUUGGACUCAUUAAAUGAAUCGCUAUCGUAAGCACUAAAAAAGGCAUCGUGUUGCCCGCAUUCUUCGUCUGCGUUUAUUACAUUUCUUUUUACAUAUUCCGUGGAACCGUUUUAUUUCCUGGAAUAAAAAGUAGCCUGUGUCCU